AUGUAUCUGAGACUUGACCAUCGAUUCAACAUUAGGUUGACCGUCCAUACUGAGAAGAUAGUGACUACGUCUUCAGCCUUUGACCUCAUCAUUAGCUCGACCCUCCACACUCAUGAUAUGGUGCCCACAUCUUCAGCCUUUGACCUAGAUAUUAGCUCGACCCUCCACACUCAGGAGAUGGUACCUACAUCUUCAGCCUUUGACAUCAUCAUUAGCUCGACCCUCCACCCUCAGGAGAUGGUACAUACAUCUUCAGCCUUUGACCUCAUUAUUAGCUCGACCCUCCACACUCAGGAGAUUGUACCUACAUCUUUAGCCUUUGACCUCAUCAUAAGCCCGACCCUCCACACUCAGGAGAUGGUAUAUACAUCUUCAGCCUUUGACCUCAUUAUAAGCCCGGCCCUCCACACUCAGGAGAUGGUUCCUACAUCUUCAGCCUUUGACAUCUUCAUUAGCACGACCCUCCACACUCAGGAGAUGGUACAUACAUCUUCAGCCAUUGACCUCAUCAUUAGCUCGACCCUCCACACUCGGGAGAUGGUACCUACAUCUUCAGCCUUUGACAUCAUCAUUAGCUCGACCCUCCACACUCCGGAGAUGGUAUAUACAUCUUCAGCCUUUGACCUCAUUAUAAGCCCGCCCCUCCACACUCAGGAGAUGGUACCUACAUCUUCAGCCUUUGACCUCAUUAUAAGCCCGCCCCUCCACACUCAGGAGAUGGUACCUACAUCUUCAGCCUUUGACCUCAUCAUAAGCCCGACCCUCCACACUCAGGAGAUGGUCCCUACAUCUUCAGCCUUUGUCCUAUAUAUUAGCUCAACCGUCCACUCUCAGGAGAUGAUACCUACAUCGUCAGCCUUUGACCUCAUCAUUAGCUCGACCCUCCACCCUCAUGAUAUGGUGCCCACAUCUUCAGCCUUUGACCUAGAUAUUAGCUCGACCCUCCACACUCAGGAGAUGGUCCCUACAUCUUCAGCCUUUGACCUCAUCAUAAGCCCGACCCUCCACACUCAGGAGAUUGUACCUACAUCUUUAGCCUUUGACCUCAUUAUUAGCUCGACCCUCCACACUCAGGAGAUUGUACCUACAUCUUUAGCCUUUGACCUCAUUAUUAGCUCGACCCUCCACACUCAGGAGAUUGUACCUACAUAUUCAGCCUUUGACAUCAUCAUUAGCUCGACCCUCCACACUCAGGCGAUUGUACCUACAUAUUCAGCCUUUGACAUAAUCAUUAGCUCGACCCUCCACACUCAGGAGAUGGUCCCUACAUCUUCAGCCUUUGUCCUAUAUAUUAGCUCAACCGUCCACUCUCAGGAGAUGAUACCUACAUCGUCAGCCUUUGACCUCAUCAUUAGCUCGACCCUCCACCCUCAUGAUAUGGUGCCCACAUCUUCAGCCUUUGACCUAGAUAUUAGCUCGACCCUCCACACUCAGGAGAUGGUACCUACAUCUUUAGCCUUUGACCUAAUCAUAAGCCCGACCCUCCACACUCAGGAGAUUGUACCUACAUAUUCAGCCUUUGACAUCAUCAUUAGCUCGACCCUCCACACUCCGGAGAUGGUAUAUACAUCUUCAGCCUUUGACCUCAUUAUAAGCCCGGCCCUCCACACUCAGGAGAUGGUACCUACAUCUUCAGCCUUUGACAUCAUCAUUAGCUCGACCCACUCAUGA